GGGGCCGUCCCGUCGGGCCGUGCGCGGCCGGAAGCGGAAGUGAGUGCUGGUAAUCAUGGUGCCGCUGGGGCGGGGAAGGAGGUGCCGCCGCUGCCGGGAGCUCGAUGAGCUGUCCCAGUCCAGCGCCACGAUAUCGCACUGAGCGGCGGUGAACAUGGGGGAGAACAGUCCCGAGGGCAACGUUAUCUACUAUGAGGUGGAGGAGGAUGAACUGACCCAGGAUGACAAUAUGAUGAGGUUUACCGAUAAAAACGGGCUGGUUCCUUCGUCGUCUGGGACGGUCUACGACAGGACAACUGUCCUGAUAGAGCAGGACCAUGGUGUGCUGGAAGAUGAUGAAGAUGAAGGACAGUGUGGUGAUCACUUGCCUUUUUUACCAGAGGGUCACGAAGAAGGAUUUCAUUUAAUAGCAGAUCAUGAAGGAAUGUCCCAGGGUUAUGUGCAACAUAUUAUUUCUCCAGAUCAGAUUCAUCUAACAAUAAAUCCUGGUUCAACUCCUAUGCCAAGAAAUAUCGAAGGAGCUACACUCACUUUACAGUCUGAAUGCCCAGAAACCAAGCUUAAAGAAGUUAAAAGAUACCAGUGCACCUUUGAGGGCUGUCCACGCACAUACAGCACUGCUGGAAACCUGCGCACUCACCAAAAGACACAUCGUGGGGAAUACACUUUUGUUUGCAAUCAAGAAGGUUGUGGCAAGGCCUUUCUUACCUCCUACAGUCUCAAAAUCCAUGUUCGCGUGCACACUAAGGAAAAGCCGUUUGAAUGUGAUGUGCAGGGCUGUGAAAAGGCAUUCAAUACACUGUACAGGUUGAAAGCACAUCAGAGGCUUCACACAGGGAAAACAUUUAACUGUGAAUCAGAAGGCUGCAGUAAAUACUUCACAACGCACAGUGACUUGAGGAAGCACAUUCGAACACACACAGGAGAAAAGCCAUUUCGGUGUGAGCAUGACGGCUGUGGAAAAGCUUUUGCUGCAAGCCACCACCUUAAAACACAUGUUAGGACACAUACUGGGGAGAAACCCUUCUUCUGUCCCAGUAAUGGCUGUGAGAAGACUUUUAGUACACAGUAUAGUCUCAAGAGUCACAUGAAAGGUCAUGAGAAAGGACAUUCCUAUAAUGCACUUCCCAAUAACAAUGUAUCUGAGGAUACAAGCCACUCACUUUGUCUGAGUGACCUAAGCCUCAUAUCCACAGAUUCAGAAUUGCGGGAGAACUCUAAUCCGACCCAUGGACAAGACCUUAGCACAAUCUCACCAGCAAGCAUUUUUGAGUCUAUGUUUCAGAGCCCAGAUCAUACUGCAAAUCAGGAAGACUCUCAGCAGACAGCUGCCUUGAUUGAAGGUUAUAACGGUGAUGCAGACUCAGUCACUGCUGUUCCGCCUUCUGCAGGAGAUUCAGCAUCUUUGUCUCUUCCACUUGUACUGCAGCUUGGCAUCUCUGAGCCGUCGCACUCAGCACUACAAGCCUCAGCAGCACCUGCUGCUCCCUCCUCCAUAGGAACCAGCUCACAACAAGCUGCAUUUGGAAAUCCUGCAACUGUUUUACAGUCUCCAGAAGUGCCUGUUCCUCACAGCACACAGUUUGCAGCCAGUCACCAAGACUUUCUGCAGCACACUCAGACGCCGCCACAGCCCAUCGUACAAGGACUUUCAGUGGUUGCUGGGGCAUCUGCCCCAGCAGCAUCAAGUGCCACUGAGCCCCUGCCAGCUGUAGUUCAGACUGUGCCUGUUGGUGCGAACUCUGUUCUGACUAGUAAUCCAACUAUAACUAUUACUCCUUCUCAGAGCACUGCUAUUCUGCAGUCCAGCAUUGUCAUGGGAGAGCAAAACUUGCAAUGGAUUUUAAAUGGUGCCACUGGUUCCCCACAAAGCCAAGAACAAAUGCCACAAGUUCCAAAAGUAGUAGAAAAGGUUUUCUUUACCACUGCAUUACCAGUAGCUGGCAACACAGGAAAUCCUGUUCAGCAGAUUGGUCUCAGUGUUCCUGUCAUUAUUAUAAAGCAGGAGGAGGCCUGCCAGUGUCAGUGUGCCUGCCGAGACUCUGCCAAGGACAAAGCCACCAGUAAGAAGGAAUGUUCCUCACCUGAGCAAACAGCUCCUCAGCUGCAGCCUCAGACCUUUCCUUCCUCUUCCCCUUCUCCUUCCUGUGGGCAGAGCAGUCAGAUAGUUAACCCUUCAGACUCACAGACCGAAACAUUAAGUGCCAUGGAUGUAUCGGACUUCCUGUCCCUCCAAAGCCCUGAAACCCCAUCUAAUAUAAUUCCGAUCGAAGCACUACUGCAGGGUGAGGAAGAAAUUGGUUUGAAUAGCAGCUUCUCUAAAUGAAGAUGUUCCAGAUUUUCCUUUGCACCUGGGGGGUAAAGCCCUCCUCCUUAGAAGCAGAAACUGAAGGAUCAAUUUUUUUUUCCUUCCUAUUGGGAAGUUUUGUGGCUUAUUUCUGCUUCUCAGAUGUCAUCUUAGUCACAUCCCAGGUACACCCAUCUUUGAGAAUCUAUCUUAAAAAAAAAAAAAAAAAAAGAAAAGUUUAAAAAAAAAAAGAAAAAAGCUAAGUUAUAUAUGAACUGUUUUGGCUGCACUGUCUGUCACUUUUGCUUGUCAUAUGUGAACACGGAAGUUAAGGUUACUCGUGUGCAAACAGAUUUUAAAGAGAAAAAGGGGGGUUAGUUUGUCUGUCUCCAAUUGCACAUCACUUAUGUUUGGGGUUAAGGUACUGGCAGAGAGUGGGUCUUUGUUACAACUCCUUAGGUCUAUAAUUUUCUUUGGUCUGUUAUGUCUGAUACUAACCAUGCACUAUAAGGGGAGCCCAGGAAAGGGAUUUGCUGUAGCAGAAGAAGGUAUUAUACUAGAAAAUGUUUUAUCUUCAGUUUUACUGGAGUGCGAUUAUCCCAUCACUGAGUUGGGAGGUGAUGCCUGGGUUUACAUUGUACUAACACUAUUACUAAAGCCAACAGAAGCUUUUGGGGGAGUUUUCUUCAGUAGAGCACAAAAUACUUGUGCUCCUGAUAGAUCUAUUCAUUUAAUUUCAUUAGGACUUAAAGUGUGGUGGCAGACACACUGCUUCACAAUAGGGAAACACAGUCGGAGCCCCUGCUUAUUCAUACUGAAGAGUCUGUUUUCUUUGCCUCUGAAGGAUGUAGUGAGCUUCAAACGUGCUCAGCUCGGUGCCUGCUGCUCUUUUGACUCAUUUAGCUCUGUUCAGAAAGAAGUCAUCCUCUUAAAAAUAAUAAUAGUAAUAAAAAGAAAAUCCCGACUGUUUAAUCAGGAGCUUGGUGCCUUUGCUGGUUACUCUCAUCUUUUGUCAAGAACUCUAGGAAACCUUUCAGAAUGGUUCAACAUAAAUUGAGUUUGAAUUCAGCAAAUCUAUCCUUUAGCUGUCCAGGAAUGCUUCCUCUUUUCUGUUAAGCUAUAGAAUUUCUGCCUGAAUCUGCCUCCAACCUACUGCAAUGCCAGCUUUUUGUGCACGGGGCUAUUUCUUGACUAAAAGAUGUUACACAGUGUAGUAGUUUUUUCAUAUCAAACUGAAAGUCUAUAUUCUAACCUACUCAGGGUAAAUAAAACACCCCCCCCACCAAAAAGCCUGUAAUGUUGCAAUAAAUGCAGUCUCAUUCUAAAUGGUUUAUUUAUGCUGCAUUAUUUUAGAAGAUGUAAUUUUAUAGUGUUUUAUCCAUCUGUCUGGCUUUGGCUGUCAGUCUUUUUGUGUUAAAGAAAAGAAUAUUAAAUAGUCUUUAUUCAGUUUACAGUGUUGUCAUUAGUGAGAUACAAAGAUAACGACUGUAAGCCAAUUUGUGGUGCAUCUCUGCCCACUAAAUUUAGGAAGGCAACUCUUAGUGGAUAGAGGUCUCUCCCUCCUCUUUGUUCGUAUCCGAUCAAAGCUGCUCUCUGCACCUGCGGGGGGAGAGUCCUGCGAGUGCAGCCAGACCUCCCUGUGUACCGGAUGACUGGUAGGCCUUUUAACCUCUUCUGACAUGCUCUGUGUAGCCUUACCAACACCACUGUCGCAGUCCUAGCUGAGACGGUGGCUUAAGCUAUCUCACUUUCUAUUCCCUUGCAAGUACACUGCCGCAACACGGAUGGGAGUGGGCUGAGGGGAACUGGCUUUCACCUCUCUGACAGCUUGCUUCCCGUUGUUAAAUGUGGAAGGGUAAAAUUGUGUCCUACUAGGGUGAAUAUGAGGGAAGAGAGCGUAAAGGAUGCUUCGUGCCUGGAAGGUGUCGCGUCACCACUAGGGCAGAGCACUGUGUUUUGGUAAUUGCAGUGACGAGCUUAGGGGCACCAGCUGGACUGGAAGUGUACUGAUGGCGUUUCCUCUCUGCGGGUGUUGGCUCACGUUGCAGUGCUGUGCAAGGUAUCACAGCAGGGAUGUGGGUCCUGCAGCAAUAAGGUUUGCAUCCAUAAAAUGUGGGUUAACGAAGCAUUUUAUGUUUUGUUCUUGUAAUGGUAAUCCCUACAAGACAGUGAGAUGGUGGCUUUUUUUUUUCUCUCUCUCAGUAUUGGUUUGUGAUCUAUUUGUUUUGCACGGCAGCAAGAACUGCUUUGAACGCAAAGGAACAGGCUCACGUCUGUGUGGCUGGGCUUGUCCACACCGUGAGUCUUCCGCUGGCUGUCCUGCUUCAGGGUGUGCUUCGAGCAGCGUGAGGGGAGUCGGGAGCCGAGCGGGGGCUGCCCCCGGGGCACGGGCCCUUGCGAGGGCCUCGCGCCUUUUCCUUGGCGCAGCGUGGCCGUUUUAUUUGAGGUGCGUGGAUGUGUGCACGAGCGCUUGUGUGUGCGCGUGGGCGAGCGUGCUAAUGCAGGAGUGUGGUGAUUCCCCUGGAGCUGUGGGAUUGUCUCUGAUGGCGAUAGGGGUAGCAGAUUUGGCCUGAAAUGUGACAGUGGAGGGAUUUGGCAACCUCUUUUGAGCCUUCCCAUCCUUCAGGGAAGCAUUUUACUCCUACUCAGUGAAUUAGUCCACCUAAAACAUGCUUGUGAUUGGGCCUGAGAGCAUCUUCAGAAACCCCUUUGUGAUAGAGAUGAGUAAAAGAAUCUACCAAAGGCUUUGAAAUUAGAAACUCAUUUGGAAAUGAGGUGAUUGGCAGCAGGGAGACGUGGCACGAGUCCUUUCCGAGUGUGUAUCGGAGGUUAACCUCUCUGCUGUUUUCUCUUCAUAGCGACUGUUUUCUACUGGUGUGUUCUAGGAAAAGCAGUGCGUCCCAUGUUUAUCUUGACUUUUAGGUGCAUUGGGUUUGCAGUUAGCCUCUUGUACGUGCAUUGGACGGGCUGUGAUUUGAGUGAAACUAAUAAGAGCUUGUAAGGAGGCAAGAAGAGUGUGACUGUGUGAGUGCACAGGCUGCUCUGCUGCGGAACGUGCAUCCCGCCCAAUCGCUUUGGUAAAUUUCUUGGCUUUUUUGUUUAAUCAUGGGUCUGUUUUUGAGAAUGUGUAAUGCUGCAUGUAUCUGAUAUGUCUCACAGCGGACCUCUGCAUCGUCCCUCGCGCUGUGAGAUUGAACGUUGUACUGCUGGGGUUGUCAUUAACACUUGGAUGAAAGGAGAUCCAUGAACAGCUGGAAAAAAAGGGCAAUCACAGUAAAGCUCUGAGAUUCCUCAGUGCCAGAGAAUUUUCUAUCCAUCCCCCCUGUACCCCAGCAUUUAAUAUAUUGACAGUUACAUUUUUUAUGAAGAGUGGAGUUUCUACCAUUGUAGAUCUGGUAAGACAUUGGAUUCCCAGAAAGGGGCACGUUCUGUUGAUAGAUUGGAGCCUCUGAGAUCAGCGUGCCCUCCCUCUGCAAAAUCUGCAUCUCGUGAAUCCUUUUAAUUACCAGUCAGAGAAGCUGCAUUGCUCCAGGUCAUUCUGGGUUAGAGCAUCUGCUGUUUUAUGGCUUGCGAAGAUUGAUUUGGUUACUAACAGUUUCUGGCUGGGUGCAGAAGCCUAAACGUGUAGAAUGGAUCUGGUUACCAACACCAGUAGCUUUAGUGGCCAAGCGGUGACCCAGGCAAACAGACUUGGCAUGCAGCUGAGGGCUGGAGAAGUUGCUUUUCAUGCUUGUACAUGGUAGAGGGAUGGAAAAUCAGCACUGUUUAAAUGCUGGUACUGAAUUAUAUAGAACAAAGUACGAAUUGGGCACUUCAUGUAAUGCUGACUGUGUCCAGAAAGACUAGUUUGCAGAACCUCAUACUGGUAUCUAAAAUGCACUUUAGGUUAUUUUAUCUUUAACCCAAUUGCUGCAAUUUCUUUUGUAUAUACUUUCACAAAGUUUAUUUUUGCUCUGAGUAAAAGUUAACAGGGGUGUGCAAAGAUGAGCACUUAACUUGGUGCAAUACUUGUAGCUAAAGAUCAUUGUCCCAUGUGGUCAGUCUGUCUGUGUCUGUCUAACUGAAAAUAUAUAUAUAGUAACUAGCUCAGUGACAUAUUGCCCUACCCUGUCUAUACCCAAGAGAAAUUAUGCAUCAUUAGCAAAUGUCCAAUCUAUGCAAAUAUUCCACUGAGAGCACUGUGCUUUAGCCGGCCUUUUCUCUCAUGCUUUCUGGUGAGCUGCUUGUCACUUCUGAUAGAAAUCAGUACUUUUUAACCACGAUGUUCACUGGGUUUAUGUCCCUCUUCCUUGUCCUCCCCUCUGGUCUUUCACAUAAGCGUGGACAGAAGUGACAAGCUGUUCUUAAACAGGCAUAUUGCACCUUUAGAAUUUGUCUUCACGAGAUCGUUUUUGAUGUCAUGUUAUCUGCCUUACUUCGUGGAGGAUGGCGCUCCGCAGAGUCAUCCCAGAUAUUGUUUUCGCAACUGCAGCAACGUCGUUGAACUGUUUACAGUACUCGUCCUGCACCAAUUGUAAAUACGGCUCGGGGAGCGAACUAGCGAUUGGCCUGUUGGUUGUAGAACUGCCAGGGCAAAUCAGUUAAGGCGUGAUCGGCCUUGAAGUUGAUGGGAGAUGAAAAGCUAUAUUCUCUUGGGGAGGGAAAAAAGAGAGAAAAGCACAGCUGGCAACUGAAAUGAGAGGCAGCCAGGUCCAGUGCGGAGAGCAGGUGGGACCUUGGUAUCAGCUGCGAGACCUCCCUCGGGCGAGUCACCUAACCUCUCUAUGCCUCAGGUUCCUCACCUGUGAAAUGGGGACAAGGAAACUUGGCUUCGUGAAAUGCUCUGAGAUAUAAGGAUGAAAAGUCCUAUGCAUUUAGAGCUAGCUGGGCAGAAUUGUUAAGAGUCAAUUUGGACUGUAAGGCAAAAAAGAAAAAAAAAAAGCAAAAAAAAAAAAAAAGCAUGUCUUUAAUAAACCCUACAAAUUUCUGAUUGCAUAGUUUUUAAUUGGUAUACUUUUUCCUCCUGAACAUAUUUUGGAAACAAUGUCAAGAUUUUUAUAAAUGUUACGUGUAGUUGAUACUCAUGGACAGGGCUGAACUUUUAACUUUUUUGCAUCUUGUCUUGAUAUAUAUCAUAUGUUCUAGAAGUUGGAUUCUGUGUCUGCACUGAGAAAUGCAAAUUAAACUGGAUAUUUAUGUAGUAGUGUACAUAGUCUAAGUGUGUGUGUUCUUGGAACUAGUUUAAAAAUCCCACACCAUGCUUUUAGUGGUGUGCAAGCUGGCCAAAAUUUGGUUCAUUAUGCAGUGUACACUUUCUCAAAUAAAUGCAGUUUCUACUUUUUCUUACAAGAAAUUUUUUCAUAUGAUCUUUUUCAGCAAAAUCAAGGGUAUGUUUUUGCAGUACCGUAGUUACAGUAGCUGGUAUUUCUUGCUGUGUAGCUUUGUGUCCUUCCACUUGCUUAUUAAAGCGAAGCUAUCUGUCUGACCCUUGUUUUGGAGAGAGAGCUGUAGUUGCUGUUCUAUUUUACACAGACUAGCGCCAGCUAGGAGGGCAGGGAUGUGCUAACCUUGAGCCUGGUUAGUUACUGAUCUUUUUCUUCAGCAUAGACAUCUGCAUAAUUGUCAAACCAGGAAGUCUAGGGAAAACUUAGGUUGUCUAUUUACUGCUUUUGUUUUGUUUGACGUGUAUGGGGAGCUGGGCAAUGGUCUUGGAGAUGAUGGAAAAAAAAAAACCCCAGUUUUUCAAGAAUGUGUGUAUGGUAUUAAAGGAAUUUAUUUAACUAUGAAACAUGGGAACAAAUGUGCUUACAUUGAGCAAUGUGAAGAUGUUAGUUACAGGUACAGUACUUCCAAAGGAAGAGCAUCUCCAAAACCCAAAAAAGAGUAAAUAUGAAUUUGUAUUUUUUGAAGAAUGUAAAAUGUGAAAUAAUGGUGUUUGCUUAAUUGCUCAUUUUGUAUGAAGUUAAUAUUGUACUUUGAAAUAUCUGCAAAGAAGUGGAAAUUAACUUUUUUGGAAUUGAAAGCAAUAUUAAUACUAAUGGAAUCCUAAUUAAAUGCUUAUUUAAA